UUGAGGGACCCAGCAACAACAAAGAACAACAAAUGGCCAAAAUGGAGGCAGGUGCCUAAUGAAAUAUUGACGAUAUCUCCUGAGAUUUGAAUGAGAUUGCUUGAAGUGAUAUGUUUGUAAACAGCUGAAUGUAAUCAAUCUGGCUAUUUGGCAAAUUGAUUGUUGCGUGCAAUUCAAAAUUUUACAGAUUCUGGCCUAAGCAUCUGGUUUUGUUUGCACAGGCCGUUCAACCACCAGCAACAGAAGACCAGUCAGUUGUUUAGAUAUUUGCAGUUUUGGAGGAGUUCUGAAGAGGUAUCAUGCAUCCUAGGAGACCCUCUAGCUCGCUACAACGGAAUUUGAACUACGAUGACCCUGGAAUCAUGGGGCAAUCUCAUCUAAAUAGCUAUGACAUAUCACCUUAUCAGAGUACUCCAAGAAAGGAUAACCCCAGUGUGAAUGUGCACUAUGGACCUGGUCAAGGUGUAUUUGGGCAAUCAAAACCCUAUCUCUCAGCUAUUUCCAGAUCAACUAACCCUGUACCUACAAAAUAUUCUGGAACUGCAACAAAUGGUGCUCACAGAAGCACAAGGUCACCAAGUCCUACCAAAACCUCUAUUGCUGGGACUUCCCCAUCAACGUUUGUAGAUAUUGACAAUUCGACUAUUCAAAGACAAAGGAAGGAACUGCAACUUUUAGUAAAUGAACUUAAAGACAGGGACAGGGAGCUGAAUGAAAUGGUGGAUUCACAUCAAAAGCAACUUAUUUCUUGGGAGACUGAUAAAAAGAGGGUCUUAGUGCUGGAAAGACAUGUGCCAAAACUAAGAUCUGAUCUAAAGAAAAGAACUGAGCAAGUUAGAAUCUUAAAAGAGAGAUUACGAAUGACAGAACAGAGUGCCCAGAUGAAAACAAAAGAACUAGAGACAACCCAGAUGCAUCUGCAACAGGCAUCAGAUCAAGCAAACAUGUCGUCGCAUCAAGUCGAAGAACUUAAAGAUAGAAAUGAAAACAUGGCUAGAUCCAUUCAAGAGCUAUCGACAUCCUUAGGCCAACUGCAAGCGAAAGAACAAGAGCUGGCUACAACAUUGAAGCUGAAGGAAAACGAAUUAACAGAUGUAAGUGCUAAAGUUGAGGACUUAGCGAAAAGAACGAAAAGUUUAAACAAUUCUCUACAGGAAAGUCGUAAAAACGAAACUCUGCUUAAAUCUGAAAGAGACCAGUGGAGGGAACAGCAUCAAGUUAUUAAGCAUGAAGUGGAGAAGUUACGAGCGGAUCUCAACAACCAUUACAACAAUGAGGAUGAAUAUCAGAAUGAACUGGCUCAUGUCAAGCAAGAAUUGCUCGCUACGCAGAAAGAGCUGUUUCUUGCUGGUGAAAGAGAGAAAAGGAAAGACCAACUUGUUGAACUCAGUAAAUCAAAACAAGAAAGAACAGAGACAGAGUUACAACACUUAAGAAAAGUUUUUGAACGCCAGCAGCGAGAGCUGAUGAUGCUACAACAACAGGUCCAGGAACAGGACAUCACUGACAGGUUAAGCGAUCUGAACACGGAGGACGAUCUCUCUGAUAUCAGUUCUGCUUACAAACCGAAAUCAAAACAACCUGAUGAUUUCCUUGCUGAUUUGGAUCAUUUUAGUUAUCAGGAAACUGGCAAGAAUAUUGAUUAUACAGACAUUUAUUUGAACAAAGACCGUAUACCUCAUGGUACCAGUCUACCAGUGCCUAACAUAUCACGGUCUAUGAAUGGGAAAGCAAACUCAAACAGCUUUAAAGGAAAUACUUCAUUAGAUGGUAAUAAUUUAACCAAAUCUCCAACUGGAAGCUACUUGGAUUCCGGAGAUACAACUAAGGCAGUUAAGAAUGACUCAGCUACUGAAAAGCUUCAAAGACUGCUGGAAGAAUCACGGCAAAUGGUGAACAGCCUUGAGGCGCAGUCUCCCAUUUCAUCCAUUCAGUCAACUCCUGAAAGACAGGACAUUAGAAAUCGGGGCACAGAGAAAAGUUUCUCGACACCCGGUGAUGAGAGAUGUCGCUCCCCUCCCUUGCUUAGACACCUAGACAACAUGGAGCUGUAGCUGCAAAACGACCAUAUUAGUAGAAAGUAUUAUAAAGCCUAUCGUAUAUCUUUUUGUACGUAAAUAAAAAGAGUGUGAAAGAGCUGCUACUAAUGUUCUGGAAAUCACCUGUUUAAGGGUUUUUAUAUAUACUAUUGUAUGUAUCUUAUACGAGGCUACAUACAGAGUACCAAAAUCCUAUACGACUUGAGUAGUUCGAUUCUGCAUAAUUCUGGUAUAUUUUGAUUCUUUUAAUUCAAGAAAGUUUCAAUAAACUCAACAAUGGAAUUACAAAUGGUUAAAGACAAUCUCAUAUACGCGCUAACUAAACUCCUUUCACUACGUCAGUCUUGUGUGUAUUUUUGUUUUGUCACACCCUAGAUGAAAAUAUCGUUUAUAACAAUGUUUUGCUGGUUUUACUAUAAUUUUUACUGAUUGCAAAUGUUUUCAUCGUUCGUAAGUAUUUUGAAAUGUAUGCAUUUUAGAGUUUACCUUAAUGCUCCUGAUUCGUUACUACGAAUUGUUCGUUGCACUUAUACUAUCAACAUUUGGACAAAACCUGCAAAAAGCUGAGCUGCGAUUCCCGAAGAAGCGGCAAGACGUAAUUUGCUUGCACAUGUGUAUGUUACCUGAUUUUUAAAAGCUGGUUCGAUGCAUCACACAAUUGUCUUAAAAUGCACUCAUACCCAGAAAAAUUGAAAUGAUAGUGCACAAGUUUAUUUGAAGUUAUUAAAACAAAAACUACAGCUUUAUAUGUUUUAUGUUUUUGGAGUUAAAGCUUUUACCCUUUCAAUUGUUUAGGCAAGGAACUGGAGGCCAAUCUCAGCUGCAUAUCCCUAGAUUCUCCUACUAACAGAAUACACUACCUUUUUGCCAUUAUUUGCUUUUGGUUCUGAACAAAAGAGGGCAGUUAAUUAUCUUGAAUCAACUGCAAACUCAACUAAAAGCUGCUAAAAUACUUUUUGAAAUUUUCCUACAAAUUUGUGAGUAUUGCUGUCUCCUCAUAUUAAUUAGUAUUGAUUUGUUAUAUCAUAUUUUGAAGAUGAAGAUUUAGAUGUGAUUUUUACGUAAAUGUUUAACAUAUUUGGAAAUAGUCUGAUUAGAAAAUCGAUGU